UAUUCAUAUUAGUCAAAUUUGAAUAUAAUACAAUGCUAUAGUUUACAGAAAUUAAUUGUUAUAAACUGAAUUAUACAUUUUAUAAUAAAAGGUAUCUGCCAGAUAAUGUUUUAAUACCUACAUGCUUAUUUGGGAAAACAAAAAAACUGUUCCUAAUUUUUAAAAUCGCAAGAUAAUUUAUCUUUUAAAUUUCUCUCAAGUGUAUCUAUUUAAUAUGGCAAACCCUCCAAGCAAACCACCGAGGGGUGUUAAAACUCCAAAGGAAACAGUAAGUACUCUCAAAAUAAUAAUUGAUCUGUUUGGCAUGUUCUAUUUUGAGAUAACUGGGAGGGAAGUCUAAAAAACCAGCAAAAUCAAUUUUAUGUAGGUAUUUAAUUAAAAUAAAAAUUAUGGAUACAUAUUGAUAGGUAGAUAGUAAUACUAUAAAUUUAGCUGAAGUAAAUAUUUUUAAAUUUAUAUAAUUUAUACUUUAUAUAAAUUUAACGAAAAAAAAACUGACAUAAUUUACACGAUGGAUGAGCCACUGUUGUGGGUGAGAGGUUGGGAAGUUUGGAUAAAAGGGGAAUCUAAUAUAUAUCUAUAUGCAAUGAUAAACCAUUGCCAACAAAAAACGAUUUGGAGGGAAGUUUCUUUUAUACAUGUACAUACAUUUUUUUCGUAUUUUUCCAAAUCAUUAUGAAAGCUGCUUGGAAAAUCAAAAAAUAAUCUCUUUAAAGUACUUUCUAGAUAAAAUUUUCUUUCGGAAAAGAUGCAUAUGGUUGAUACAACAGAGCAAUACUUCUGGUAGAAAAGUUGCUCACAAAAUAAUAUGUAAUAAUAAUAAAAAAAAUAAACAUUAUUAUAAAACCAAUACAUCCCUCACUACAUCAAUCUAAAACAAGUUUAUGAACCUAUCUAAUUUGAACAAUAAUGCAAUGCCAAAUUAGAUUAUUGACAAAUAAUUAAAUCUAGGAGAUAUAACUUUUUUUGUAUCUUUAUUUAUACUUUAUUGUAUAAAUAUUUUUUAAAUUGGAUUUAUUCUUCUUUAUUAUUUUGUUUAUUUCUUAUUUCAAGAGCUUUGUUAUUUAAUGUGAUGUGCAUUUUCCUCGACUUUGUUUUAAAGGAUGAAAAUAUGUUUAUUUCUUUAUUUUCAAAAUGACAGACUAUGUCCAAUUACAGAUUGGUAACAAUACAUAUAAUUAAACAUAAAAUAAUAAAGAUCACAAAUAUGAAAAAUUGGGGCUCAGAUUAGCUGUAUGAGGGAGACAGACCAUAGGAGCGUUAAGAAAGAAGUUUGAAGAAAUAUUUGGGAUGUGAAAGGAAUUAAAAAAACAGAAAGGGAAAUAAUCUUAUAGAGGGCAGGGAAUGUUGAUGAUAUUGCAAGUGAUAGAUGCAUUUGAAUCUGACAGCUGAACCAUAUUCCAGGAUAAAGUGAGUAAAGGAAUUUGAGAGGAAUAUAAUAAAUUGAGUUAUUUUAUGUUUUUAUGUUGGAAAAAAUAUAAUUAUGUCCUGAUCAAUAAUUUUUUUUUUUUUAUAUUGUAUAAACAUUUUCUAUUUUUAUAAUUAGGUAUACACAAUUAUCAAAAAUUUGAAUUAUCUAAACAAAUACAAUUUGAUAUUUUUCUUAAAUUACAUAAUUUAUUCUACUAGUUAAUAAGUAUUGCAAUAUACAAUGACUUUAAAGAUAAAUCUGUACAAUUUGAUGACUAUUUUAUUUCAUAUUUUGAAAAAUAAUAAUAUUGUUAUUUUAGAGUGGACUAUUAAUGACAAUGAUUCGAGCUUUAUCUGCUACUGAAUCCAAUGAACAUCGAGAAAUUGAAAAAACUGCAUUGGAAAGAGAAUACAAACGAUGUGAUAAAAAAUUAGAAGAAUUGAUCUCCAUGGAACAUCAGAACCUUGCACGUGUAAUGCAUUUGUUCACAUCUGUUUCUAGUGAAAUUAAUUUAUCUAGAGAACGAGUCCAAGCAGCUAAACAGAAACUUCUAGCGUGUAAAACACUGUUACGAUGUAAACGCGACGAAUUAAGAAAAUUUUAUGUUGAGAGUAUUGAACAACAUCACAUAUUAACUCAAUUAACUCAAAUGUAAAAUUUCUUUAGAGUUUUAUGUACUAAUUUGUACAUCCUGGUAACGUACAACAUUUAUGUGUUUAGUGAACAAAUUAAAGAAGUGCCUUAUCAGUUGAACAUGUUGGAAUCAAAACAUCAAUACUUACAAUGUACAAAGUUGUUAAUGGAUACAUUACAAAUAAGCAAUAAUGAUUUAAAGAAUAUAGAUGCAUUAAACGAGUUAAGAAUUGAACUAAAACAAAAAAAACAAGUAAUAUGAAUAUUAUUUACAAGUGCAGUUAAAAUAUAAUAAUCUUACACACUAACUUGAUUAUUAUAUUUUAAGUAUAUGAUAAAAAAUAAUGUAGAUGCAAUUUAAAAAGUCUGCUUGGUAAAAAAAGCAAUGCCAAUUACCUCAUAAAUUAUUUUCAAUGAGUAUUUUUUAUUAAAUUUGACUUGAUUUAUACUUUUUACUUGUAUUAUAUACUAAUAUUAUUAGAUCCAUUAAUAUAUUAAUCAACAUAAUUGCUAAAAUGGUCUAAAGGGUUAAACUACAGAGUUAAAAUAUAGCUUUUAAUUAUUUUAAAAUCAACUUUAUUUGAAUAAAUAUUUGUUUAAACAGGCCUUAUAUAAUAGAUUAUUGGAUGAAUUAAUAAAUCAUAUUUAUGUAAUUUCGUCACAAUCUGCUAACUCAUUUCGUCGUAUUGGAUCAGAUGGAUACAAUUCUUCAUUCGGUCAAAGUACUAGAAGAUCGUUUAAAUAUACAACACAAAUUGCCGCAAAGUAUUUAAAUUUAAUUAUACUCUUUGCCUUUAUAAGAAAUUGUUUUUUUUUUUAUCACAGGGAAGUUUUGAAUGAUAAUAAUGAGACUGAAAUUACUGAACUUGAUACUGAAAAAUUUGUUCCUAUAGCUGUGGAGUGCCUCGCUAUACUUAUUAAAUUAAAUGAUACAAUUGAAGUAAGUACUGAUUUGAGUUUUGCUAAUUAUCAUUGAUAAACAAUAUUAAUUAAUAAUAAUACAUUGUUAUACUUUAGAAAUUGAAAUCUACUAUGCAAACACAGUUGAUAGAAAUUGUGGAAAAAACAACAAAACAAAUAUCAAGUACAAAUCAAUCAAAAAAUUCAGGAGAACAACUAGUAUCCUUAGUAAAUGGUGUAAUUUUACAAUUUUAUUCUGUUGUUGAUGCUCAUCAACUAUUCUUAUGCAGUUUGGAUAAAGUAAUUGAUCAACAAUUACUUGCCAAUGUUAACAAAUAUGAUCUUAAAUAUGUUUGGGAAAAUAUUGAGUCUAUUGUAAGUAUAAUAUAUAUAAAUUUUAAUUAUUUCGUUAGUUUGUUUGUAAAUUGUGAAUUUCAUAUAAUAAUAAUCUAAUGUCAUAGAUAGAAGGACACUGAAUUUAUUUUCUUUCGUAAAGAAUAAAAUAAAGUUUUUUUUUAAGGUACAAAUGUUUUUAAGUAAUUAUUUGGAUGUUAAUAGUCAUACAGAUUUAGUUGUAAAAUCUGCACCAAUAUUCAAUAAUAUUGAUUUGAAUAUAUUUUUUUUAAAGAAAAAAGUCCAAAGGUAGUUUAUUAUUUAUUUAAUAAUAAUAAUUUAAUUUAUUUAAUGCAAUAUUUGUUUGGAUAGGCCCAAACAGUGUCUUUACAAGUUUUCUAAUGCAUUGGAAAAUUCUUCUGAUAUAUUAGAUGUAAGUAUUUACUAUGUGGUUGUAACUAAAUUAAAUAAACAACGCUUGUAUUUAACUUGUGAUAUGUUUAAAGUGUUUGAAUUGAUAUUUUAUAUCUGAAGUAAUGUAUUUAAUUGUAUAUUAAUUGAAUUUUCUAUAAAUGAUAUACAAUUUUUUUUUUAUGGAUUUGUAGAGGCCUUUUACCAGUAUAACUCAACCACAGUCAAUGAUUUGUACCCCAAGUUCGGACAAUAUCAUAUAUAUUUAUGAACCUCUCAUAAUGUUUAUACAACAAAUUGAACAAUCAAUUAACACGUAAGAAACAUUUUGUUACUAAAAAUUUAAUUAAUUAUAUCAUAGGUUUGUCUAAUUUAUCACAUGGAAAAAAAAUUAAGAUUUUAUGUACAUUUAUUUCAUUUUUGUCAACUCGUGUGUAUUGAAUAGAAAUCUUUAAAUUAUUUAGUUACAAUUUCAAAAUAAAUCAUAACUUUUUAUAGGAACACAUGUACUUUAAGUUUGUGGCUUAAUGAAUACAUACGGACAGUUUUUCUUGAUCGUCAGCAUAGUAAAGUUGCAACUACAGUUGAAUCAAUUACCAAACAGGCUGACGCUUGGCAUGCUAUUAUUACUCCAGAACAAAUUCAAGAUUUAAAUAUUUCUAGACCAUUGUUAUCUGUAAAUAAUAAAAACUAUAAAUUAUGAUUGGGAGAUAGAUUUUGUUGCAUUAAAAACUAGGAAAGUUAAUUGCAGUAUUACACCAAAAAUUAAUGUUUUGUUAUAAAUAUUCCUGGAUUUUUAUUUACCACAGAAUAAUAUUAUUUUCUUAAAAUAAUUAUUAAUUAUAUUUGUAUUAGUCUUUUUAGAUUUACUCUCGUAUUUCUAUAAAAAUAUGAAACAAAUGUUUUAUAACUUACUAAGCUUUAAAUUCAAAAAAAAUUUCAAAUGCAACAAUAUCUGAACCUUUCUUAUUAAGUCGGUUUAAAUGUUAAUUUGCUGUUUUUUUUUUAGAGUACAGUUAGUAUAUGGAAUAAUAUGUGUCAAAUAAAAAAAUUAGUCAUUACUAUGCCAGAAUAUGCUUCACAUUUCCUUAUGAUUAUGGUUAGCAUUAGUAGAAGCUACAAAGAAACAUGUGACAAUUUCUUUGCUUCUAAUAUAAAAGCAUGUGAUAAUACAACUAAAUUAGUUAGUCACUUAUGGAUUCAAAAGCAUGAUUUAGUUGAUUACCUCAAGUAAGAACUACUUUUGUUUUAAAAUAUAUUUUAAAGUUAUAUAUAUGUAACAAAUAGUAGUAUGUAUAAUAUAAAUUAUUUUAUCAGACAAUCGCAUAACUGGGUAAGAAGAGAAAAUGAAAAUAAAUUUAAAAAAAGUUCAGGUGAUGAAUUAAAACGAUAUACCCAAGAAGCUGAUAAGUUGUUUGAAAAUUUGGAAGGAAUUGAUUUUAAAGUGAAUGGUAUUUCUAAUAUAAAUCAACUUCGAUGUCUGGCCCAUCUUUCAGAAAGCAUGGUAUGUUCUAUCCUUAUUUUUAAUUUUUAAUUUGAUAUUAAAUAUUAGAAAAUCAUUUUUGUUUUAGGAAUGGUUUGGAAGAAAACUUAAUGAGAUUUCAAAUCCAAAAUCAAAUCAAUACAUAGUUCCUAAAUUGAACACAUCUAAAACAGAUAAUAAUAAUUUACCUCUGUCUCUAGUUGAAACAUUACAACAGUUAGGCAGUGACUUCUUGGAAAUUUCAGAUAAUAUUAUUUUGUAUUUAUAUUUGGAAGUAGGUAUCAUGGCAAUUGCUAUAAUUUAAUAUUUAAUAACAUAGUAAAAUGUACUAUUUUAAAUGUGUAGGUUCGUGCACAAAGUAUUUACUACUUGUUACCUAGUUUUGAUUCAGCUGUUGGAAAUGCAAUAGAACCCAAAGUUUUGGACCUUAAUCAAUCUGUUUCAGCAUUACAUGAAGCCAUGUUAAAUACAGUUUCAAAUAUUAAGGUUCAAUAUAUAUUUGAAGGCCUUGGUGAAAUAAUGGCUAAAAGUUUGGUAAUUCAGUCUCGCAGUAUAGAAACAAUUGAUGAAAUAGCUAUUAGAAAAAUGAUACGCGAUGUUACAAUGCUGAAAUACAAUAUAACUGCCAUGUUAGGGGCAUCUCAAAUCACUUUAGAAAAAACUAUUCAUUACUAUGAAUUAUUGCUUUGCACGCCAAAGGUAAAUAUAAAACAAAAUAUAUAGAACAUAUGAGAAUGUAAACUCUAAUAUUGUUACAAGUAAUAAUAUUCAGAAGCUGUCCAAUGACACAGUUUUUGAAGUGGAAUAAUGUUAAGUUUAAUUUAUUUGAUUGAUUUGGUGUUCAAAAAUGUGUAAUUAGCCAUAUACAAUGAAUGGUUAAACUUAACAUUAGUAGUUGGCCAGCCUUGAUGUUAAUUAGCUUCUGAAAAUAUUGUGUAACAUAAAUUGACACGUUUAUAUAUAAUCUAAUAUACUAUGUACACAUAGGAAAUAUUGGAAGAGAUCCUAGAAAAAGGUGCUGAAUUCAGUGAAUCAGAGUACAUGAAUUUGCUAAAAAUUGUCCAUACAGAAGAAACUGUCAGCUCACAAAGUGAUUUAAAAAGAUUAACUGAUAUUUUGUCACAAACUAAACAUAUAAAUUUUUAAUAUUGUUAAAAUUAUUAUGCUUAAGUAUUUGAUAAUAUUUUAAGGUUCUAUAAAGCUUUUAUUUUUUUAAAAUUAUAUUGUUUAUAUAUUUAGUAUUUAUUAAACAAAUCAAGUAUAUUGUUGUUAAAAGUUAUAAUUUAUAUUUUAUACUAUACAAUACAAAAUUAAUAACAAUGACUAAUAAAAUAAUUUUUUUUUUUUUAUUAUGUAAAUAUUUUAAAUACUAUUAUAAGAAAAAGACAUAUAGACUCAACUAUAAUAGGUAUGUAUGUAUAAUAGGUAAAUAAUUUAAACAAAUGAGUUGUUUAGAAAUUUUAGGGAGGGGGGGGGGGACUUUACGUUUCUUCGAUGUGAACUAAACAGAUGUAAGAAUGAAUACGCACACUAAUUCAUAAAAUCAGUUCAAAUUAUUAAAAAGAUGGUUUUCAUAACAUCAGCUUAUAACUAAUUUAGAACUACUAUACAAUAUAUAAUACAUAAUAAUAUUCGUAUUUACUAAUAGAUCAAUAUUACAAAUUUAUAAGUAUUAUUAUACAAAACUUAAGUUAUUGAAGGUACAAAAAAAAGGUACCUUAUUUUUCAUUUAAUUUUAGACUUUUAUUACAAUAAUAUAAUUUUGUUUUAAAUUAAUCUUAAAAAUGUAAGAAAAAAGAUCAGUUUGUCCUGAACAAGUAAAAAAAAAUUAUUUUAAUGUAUUCGUUUUUAAUUUGCCAAACUUGAACCUUAUUAAAUCUAUAUCAAGAUUAUGUAAAUUUAAUUUUUUUUUCUUACAUACCUACAACUAUAAGUACGUGUAACAGUCAAAAUUUUGUAUAAAAUUAAUUAUGUAUACUAGUUAUUAAUCAUCAUCAUCAUCUUCAGAAUCUGACAUUAAUCGAGAUUGUCUCUUCUUUUUUGUGUCCAUAUCUGAACUAUCAUCUUCUGAUGAAUAUAUAUUACUUUUAUCGACU